GUUACAAAGCUUGACAUGGAAAGGAUCUCAUGACUGUACCCAGGCCUUCAUACUUCUUGGAUCUGACUUGGGUGUGUAUGUUUAAGUACAUUUUCAGAUUGAAUUAUAUGAUGGUGUAUUAAUACGAAUCCCUCCUCUUUACAAGCCUUGAAGAUGUUCUUGAUUUGUACACCUUUACUAGGGAUGACAUGAUUGGGUGAUUUUGAUUUUAAAAACUGUACUCAUUCUAAUUUUUCUUUUUAAACAAAUGCAAAUACACAUGCAUCUUGCCUUUAGAUUGGGAAGAAAGUGUGUACCAUUAAGAAGGCCUCAAAAGACACUUAAAACCACAAGCAAAAUCUUCCUCGUUGUCUUACCUGUUGGCCUAAGAGUAACUUGGCACACAGUAGUUGCUUAGGUAAUUCAUUUCAUCCAAACAGUGAUUUUUAAACAGUGAAGUCAGGAUGAGAUAUAUGGUAGCCUGGUAGUAGAGUGUGGUUAGCAUGCAUGAGGUCCCCAGCACCAAAAAUAAAAUAGAAUCAUUAGAAUUUAUUUUGUGUGUUGCUAUAAACUCUGAGAUUUAGACAUACUUGGUGUGUUUCCAGAGUAUAUGUUCACUGAUGCUCAGAUGGUCUCACAUGGCCAGUGGAAAUCUUCAAAUCCUUCUAACAAAACUCCAUUUGUCUUUUAUAGUUUCUUACCUUCUGGAAUAUCAAGGUGUUCAUCUUACCUCUCUUGUCACAGACCUGGAUCAACAUUUUUUCAAGUUCAUAAUCGUGAUUUCAAGAUACAGUCUGAUCACUAGGGCAGCUUUUGGCCGUGGGAUCCUCAGACAGAUUCUAAACCACCGGAAGGAUUGUUAGGAUGCGACACAGACUGGCUCACGUUGAAUGUUGGAGGGCGGUACUUUACAACUACACGGAGCACUUUAGUGAAUAAAGAGCCCGACAGUAUGCUGGCCCACAUGUUCAAGGACAGAGGUGUUUGGGGAAAUAAGCAAGAUCACAGAGGAGCUUUCUUGAUUGAUCGAAGUCCUGAGUACUUUGAACCCAUUUUGAACUACUUGCGGCAUGGACAGCUCAUUGUAAAUGAUGGCAUUAACUUACUGGGUGUGUUAGAAGAAGCCAGAUUUUUUGGAAUUGACUCGUUGAUUGAACACCUAGAAGUGGCAAUCAAGAAUUCCCAGCCACCAGAGGACCAUUCACCAAUAUCCCGAAAGGAAUUUGUUCGAUUUCUGCUAGCAACUCCAACUAAGUCAGAAUUGCGUUGCCAGGGUUUAAACUUCAGUGGUGCUGAUCUUUCUCGUUUGGACCUUCGAUACAUUAACUUCAAAAUGGCCAAUUUAAGCCGCUGCAACCUUGCACAUGCAAAUCUCUGCUGUGCGAAUCUGGAGCGAGCUGAUCUUUCUGGAUCAGUGCUUGAUUGCGCAAACCUCCAGGGAGUCAAGAUGCUGUGUUCUAAUGCAGAAGGUGCAUCCCUGAAGCUCUGUAAUUUUGAGGAUCCCUCUGGACUUAAAGCCAAUUUAGAAGGUGCUAAUCUGAAAGGCGUGGAUAUGGAAGGAAGUCAGAUGACAGGAAUUAACCUGAGAGUUGCUACCUUAAAGAACGCAAAGUUGAAGAACUGUAACCUCAGAGGAGCAACUCUGGCCGGCACUGAUUUAGAGAACUGUGAUCUGUCUGGCUGUGACCUUCAGGAAGCCAACCUGAGAGGUUCCAACGUAAAGGGGGCCAUAUUUGAAGAGAUGCUGACGCCACUACAUAUGUCACAGAGUGUCAGAUGAGAGUUUCAGGGAAGAUGUCCAGGCUGAAAAAUAUUCUCCUUGUCAUCUUAUUCCCCCCAACCCACUCAGUUGUCUAGAAGAUAUAACACUGUAAGAGAAUUUUUAAAACAUUUAGAGGAUUAUGCUUGUUCUCAGUGGUGCAUCGGGAAGAAAAUUGAAAUUUUCCCACAGAAAAUUUAACAGAAAAGCACUCAUUUUAAUAGAUGUAGGAAAAGUAGAUUAUGUUGCUGCCUUUUGAAUGGGGUAAGGGGAUUUGCCCGAUUUUGUGAACCCAGAAUAGUAUCUAUUAUAUUUGCUUUUAAAUAGGCAUGAUGUGGAAAUACCAUCUUGGUUUAAGAUGCAGUUGAGAAUUUUAAUUUAUGAAAAGCACAAAAUAUGCAAUUAUAUUUAUUAAAUACCUAGAUGCAGUAUGGAUAUUUAAACUUUAUGAAACUUUGAAGAUUGUUCAGGUUCAUAGAUAGCUUUAGUGAUGCCUCCCCUCUUUAAAUACCUGUUGUUCCAUAUGAUUAUGGUGAGGUCGGAUACCCUAAGGCUCUCUAUUCAGGUUCAUUUUUAUAUGUUUACUUUUUAGAACAAAACAGUAGCUAAAUUUAACAAAUACCCCGCUCUUACUGAUUGAGACAGAGUGGAAAGAAAGAUAUCAUUGCACAUCACUGUGGUACUGAGGGUACAUUGGAACUAUCCAGAAGAACAAAGAAUUUGCCUAUAGCUACAAAUACUAAAUAACAUUCACCAAAAUUUCAUUCUAGGCAAGUUUCACUCAACACCAGACCAGGCAGUUUUAUUCUGUCUACACUACUGUCUAGUUUUCAUAUAUACAAUCAACACAAGCACAGGAAGACACUUCAAAACCAAAAACCUAAAGUCCAUCAUUAAUAUUCAUUUAACUCAAAUGCCAAAUGGCUUAAACUCGGGCAGCUUAGAAAUAGGUAUUAAGCUGGGGAUUUAGCUCAGCGGCAUAAGCGCCUGCCUGGCAAGCGUGAGGUCAUGAGUUCAAUCCCCAGUACCAAAAAAAGAAAUAGGUAUUAAAUCCAAAUCUACUGCAAUUAAAGCCAUGUAAUAUGAAUAAGCAUGGCCGAGUCACCUUUUAAAAGGUGACGUAAUUGCAGCUCAAAGCCUACAGUGGGAAAUGUGGAAUUUUUCAAUUGACAGCAUGAUUACCACAAAACGUUAAUAAAUUUAGCUGGUCUGAGACAUAAUACCAUUUAGCACCUGUCAUUUUUUUACAUGUUUGUUUGUUUUUGGGGAAUUGUAACCCAGCUUUCUUAAGUCAUUAUCUCUGCGCAGCAGCAGAGACAGGGCCUUUACUUCCCCCCACCCCAGUAUCCCAUUGUCCUGUGUCUACCCCCAGAUCAGGGAUGUAAGCUGUGUCCAAAUGGAUUCUGAAUCCUGUAGAGUCAUCAAUUUGAGGCAACGAAUCACAGAAAACCACUUCUGUGUCCUUUGGGAGAAUGACAUAUCUUUAGUAUUUCCGUAGCUUAUUCUUCUAUAUCUACAUAUGCAAAGCUUUCCUUAACAGUAAAGGGCACUUAUGCACAGUGGGAGGGGACUGAACCUUUACAGGUGAAGGAAAGCAACUUUAGAAAUGAAUUAUUUUCUUUGCUUUAUUAUUUUUACCAAGACAGAGAAGUAUUGUAUUGAGAGAUAUCUAUUUUCAUAAUCAAUAUGUGCCUAAAUUAUAUUUAAAUCAUUUCACUCUGUACUAUAUUUUCAAUAAUUAUCGAAUGUGUUGUUCAUUCACUGAAGGGUACCUCUGUAGACAAACCUAAAACUACAGAAGGGUCUGAAAGACCUAAAUAAACACGGUGUACUUAGACACUGCAGGUCUUGGAUCUAAGGUAUACUGCAUUAAUAAACAAUAUGAAAUGUUGAAAA